AGACCUCUUGCUGCAGGGAAGAUUCAUCCCUGGGCCAGACUGUGCCAGUACCAACAAGUUUAAAGCCUGAGCAGAUGGGACAGCUCUGGAGUAAGGGCAGAUGGACACUUGCCCUGGUCAGUGGCAGAGGCAAGGAGCUUGCAGACCUCCACCUCCCACCACUUUUCACCGGAGAGGGAACUGUGGAUGUGUUGGAAAAGCUUCUCUCUCCCCGAUGCAAGAAGCCCCUCAGUGGCUGAACACUGUAUAAACAGCAGCAGCAGGCUCCCUCCCCUUUUCCAUUUCUGUUUGUUAAACACACGCUCCCUGCCUUUCUGUCAUUCAAGAGCUAACCCAGCAUCCAGCUUUGCGAUACGGGGGCUGUCAGUCACCCUGCAAGAGGGUGCUCUCCAGAUGCUCAGGGUUGUACUGAAGCUACCCCCAGCGAUGAAGCACCCUCCAGCAGCUUGGAUCCUCACCUGACUUCCUCACUUUUCCGAGGACAGUCACAGAAAAGUGCUUUUCACCCCUUUGCCACAGGUUGCCUCCCAGAGAGUGGAGAGGACCAAGUGCUUCAUCCCGGCCAGCAAUGAGGCAAUAACUUGAGGUGAGCAGCUCGGUUCCUGGAGGAGGAGGAUGCUCUGGCCUUUGCAGACCUCCUUCACCUCCUGACAGAAAGUCUCAGGCCACGCAUGGGACCAUUGGAGGGAGCCAACAGCACUCUCACCAUGGAGAAGACAGCGUUGGAGGAGAAGCUGCCACAGGGCUGGCAUGCCAAGGACUUUGUCACUCCUAGCCAGGAUCUCUCUGGGUCGCGCAGUGUUAUGAUGGACAGCACCAAGAUCCUGGGGGUGCAGGUUGUUCUGAUUGCUGCCUACUCCCUCAUCAUUCUGCUGGGGUUCAUAGGCAACUCCUUGGUCAUUUACAUCAUAGUGAAGUACAAGACCAUGAGGACUGUCACCAACUUCUUCAUAGCUAACCUGGCCCUGGCAGAUCUCAUGGUGGACACACUCUGUCUGCCCUUCACCCUGGUCUACACGCUGCUGGAUGAGUGGAAGUUUGGGGCUGUUCUUUGUCAUCUGGUUCCUUAUGCUCAGGCUCUGAGUGUCCAUGUGUCCACUCUCACCCUAACUGUGAUUGCCCUGGAUAGGUAUCGGUGUAUUGUUUUCCACCUGGACAGCAGGAUUUCCAAGAGGCUCAGCUUCACCAUCAUUGCUGUCAUGUGGCUAGCAGCAGCUGUGCUGGCAGGUCCUCUGGCCAUCUUCAGAGAGUACCGAUAUGAGGAAAUCCCAUCCAUCAACCUCAAAAUGGCUGUCUGCUCGGAAAAAUGGCCUUCUGGCAAUAACAGAGAUGCCACCAUCUACAGCCUGUCCAUGCUCCUCCUGCAGUAUGUCCUUCCCCUUGCAAUUAUUUGUUUUGCCUACACCAGGAUCUGGUUCAAGCUGAAAAACCAUGUCAGCCCUACUUCUAGGAAUGAAAACCAGUGCCGGAGGAGGAAGACUACCAAAAUGCUAGUGAUGGUAGUUGUAGUAUUCGCAGUCUGUUGGCUCCCCUUCCACAUAUUCCAGCUUGCCAUUGAUCUUGAUCUGGUCCUUAUCUUCCAUGACUACAAACUGCUGUACACUGUUUUCCAUGUCGGUGCCAUGUGCUCUACAUUUGUCAACCCCCUGCUCUACGGAUGGAUGAACAAGAACUACCGGAACGGCUUCCUCAUGUUCUUCCGUUGCCAGAACAAACCAGAAAGCAUCCACACUGAAGGCUCUGUUAGAGGGAGGUCGUACAUCUUCAGGGCCAGCACCCUAAAUGGGAGCAUCAAACAGACUCCUGGCAAUGUACCACUGCCCACAGAGGUUUAGGGAUGGGACACCCACCUCCAGGACUGAGGCUGACUGAGCCCAGAGACAUUCCUGUGUGAAUGCCUUUUUUUGGCAGAGCAUUGUGUUGCCAGAACAUUAUAGCUACUGCAGGCACGUAGAAGCACCCCCUGUAUCUCGCAAAACAAUAAACCUGAUAUAUUUCUGUCUGACCAAACAAAUGAA